AUGCUGAGAAGAGAUGCGCUCUGUAUGCGCGUGGACACUUCCACUGAUUGUUGACAAGGAGUCCGGCGCGCGCUCACUACUACUGUACGCUACUCAGAGGAGUGAGGAUAACGCUGAAUAUUUCGGUUUUAAUACUGAAAAAGAAACGCCACAGGUGUAUUUAAGAGCCAAGAUUUACAGACGGUUUCUUUUCCUAUCCCAAAACAACAACAACCGCCAAAUUGCCCGGGCAGCAGCAGUGAAACAGGUGCAGUGCUCGAGCGCUUUUUUCAGCGGAACCGAUAGUCAUGAUUGAUGAAAAGUUAACUGACGUUUAAUAAUACACAUCAAACGGCAAAAGUGAGUUGGAUUUGAACGCAUUACGCUCUUAAUAAAUAACGCGUCGCGCCCUCAAACAGGGUAUAAAUAACAAUGUCGAGGAAAAAAGCGGCCAAGGGAAAGGGGACUUCAAAUACACCAAACUCAUCUCCUAGCAGCGAUAAAGAUAAGGGUAAGAAAGUCCUGACCCAGUCCAACGGAGUGGUGUAUCCCAGCCGACCCUCUCUAAGCAACAGCGGAGAAUUCUACGACAUCGCCUUCAAGGUAAUGCUGGUUGGGGAUUCUGGGGUGGGAAAAACCUGCUUGCUGGUUCGUUUUAAAGAUGGAGCAUUUCUGGCUGGAAGCUUCAUCUCAACAGUUGGGAUAGACUUCAGAAAUAAGGUGUUGAACAUUGAUGGAGUGAGGGUUAAACUACAGAUUUGGGACACAGCGGGACAGGAGCGAUUCAGGAGUGUGACACAUGCCUACUACCGAGACGCACAUGCUCUUUUGCUGCUCUACGACGUGACAAAUAAAUCUUCCUUCGACAACAUACAGGCCUGGCUGACAGAGAUUCACGAGUUCGCUCAUCAGAAUGUAGUGAUCAUGAUUCUGGGUAACAAGGCUGAUGUCUCACAUGAAAGGGUUGUGAAGAGAGAGGAGGGCGAGAAACUAGCCAAGGAGUUUGGUGUUCCCUUCAUGGAGACCAGCGCUAAAUCUGGUCUUAAUGUGGAGUUGCCAUUCACUGCUGUGGCCAAGGAACUGAAGCACAGAGAGAUGAAGGAGCCCAACGAGCCAAAGUUUCAGCUGCAGGAGUAUGUUAACAAGGAGAUGAAGGGUGCCGGCUGCUGUCGCUCCUAAAGCCGCGUACGCAUCUGUCUGCUUGUGUGUUUUUUCGCGUUCAUCCUCUUGUCUGGCAUACAUUGGAUGUCUGUCUUAAGUCUGUGGCUCUGGAGGCUUUCAUUUUCCAACGUUGGAUUCUUUCUCCAGACCUCCAUGCCCGUCACAGCUUGCAAACAGUACUGAACGGCACAAUGCAAAUAUAUAUAAAGUAGCACUCGCCAGAAUGUGUUAUUAGCACACACCCCCCCCAAACAAUCAAUAAAUACAGAUGUAUGCUUUUAUCACUGAUGUGUGUUAAAAGGAUAAUGUAUCUCCUGACCCACCUCUCGAAGCAGCUGUGAAUGUAUCUUCAAUACUCAUGAUGUUAAUGAGGGGUUCUUCAGUUAGGGGAACUUUUCUGUGACCUUAAAGUAAUUUAUGAAAUGCUUAUAAUGAUUUUAAAAUCAUUUUAAAUCUCUUAUAGGUUUCUCCACUUUUUAACUUCUCGACAGUAAAUGUAUAAAAUCAAUAUUAAUACUGCAGUCAUUUCCAUCACUCAGCUUUUUGUAAACUUGAAAGUGAAUAUUUCAUCAUCAUGGAAAUGGAGAGUGACAGUUAAGCACAUGUCUGCCAGAACAGCAGAGUGGAUGGAAUUGUUAUGAUUUUUAAAUGAUGAUAUGAUGUGUCAAUACAAAACCAGUUAGUGUUUGUGAUUUAGAAUUUGUAAACAUCCAGUUUUUAAUAACAUCCAUUUUAAUAACAUUUUAAUUACAAAAUGAAAAUUCUGUCAUUAUUUACACAACCUCUUGUCACUUCAAACCUCAAUGACCUUAUUUCUUCUGCAAAACACGAAAGAAGAAAAAUGUUGGUGCUGGUUUUGUGUCCAUAAAAUAGAAGUCAAUGAGGACCAACGGUUUUUGGUUACCGUCAUUUUUCAAAAUAUCUUGUGUUUUGCAGAAAAAAGAAAAUCACACAGGUUUAAAAUGACAACAGGGUGCGUAAAUGAUGACAGAAUGUUCAUUUUGACUAAGUACCAUAUACAAUAAUAAAUACAAUAAAUACAUUUAUAAUGACAAAGAUCAUAUUACAUUAUUACACUCUACAGCACAUCCAUUUGAAGAUUGAUGACUCAAUCAAUCAAUAAUGUGAUAUUUUCAAGAACAUGACAUGUAUGUUUUAGCAUAAUUUAAAGGAACUUCAGUUUUCCAGAUUUCAAGUAGUCAAAAGUGUCCCUAAAUGAAGAUUCACUUUCAUACAGUUUAGACCAUCCUCGCAUACACUUUCUCUCCCUUGUACUGUAUGCACAUUCAAGAAUCACUCAUCAUUCACUCAUCAUUGUUUAAAGCCGAGUGAUCUGUUCUUUGUUAAUGUUUUCUCUAAACAUUUUGAAAGAUGAAUGUAUGUAAUGUAAAUUAAGAACGAUCACAUGGCACUUAGUUUGCAUUAUAUGUAAUUGGUGUUUUGUUAAAUGCCUUUAGUAUUGUCCUCCUGUACACUGAAAAUAUAGAGAGCUUUAACUAGACAUUAGUUGCCUCAAGUGAUGUUCUAAAUGUGCCAGAAUUUAACAAAAAUCGAUGUUAUGUCAAGAUACUAUGCGUACUGUGGAUCGUUUAAUAUAUUGUGUUGUACAAAUGUUAUUAUUUUUUGCAUAAAUAAUAAUUUUGAGAGUUUCAAAACUAUGCCUUUUGCACUUCUUGUUGUUGUUUUGAUGUUUAAAUUGUUAUGUUUUGUGUUAAAUUGGUAAAUUGACGUGAAGCAGGUCUUUUGAAAGACCCCUAUAUAGCCAGAAACAUUUUGUUGGUCAGUAUAUUUGUACAGAUGUGCCACUUUCAGCUGCUCAGAGGAUUUUAACAAAGAAUUGCUUAAAGUAUAAAUGUUUCACACUGCUUAUUUACCCUUACAGAAAUGACAAAAUAGAUAAAGAGGUAAUAUCAAUACAAAAAUGACAAGCAAUGAUAUACAGAACUAUUUUGUAUCUUGAGAGAGGUCAUCAUGAAGUUGACCUACAUGUUGUUUUUCUCACGGUUUUUAUGUAAUGUUUAUUGUAUUCCCAAUAAUAAAUUAGUGAAGUGAA